ACCCAAGAAAUCUCAGAUAAACUGUCAAAACAAAGUAAAAAGGAGAGGAGAAAAAUGAAGAGAAGGUUAAGAGUAACACAGAAACCAUUACAGAGAAAAGAAAAUCAAAAACAAAAAGAAAGGCAGCUGUAUACUUUAGAUGAAGCAUUUAAAACAAAGAAAAAGACUUAUGCAACAAGUACAUAUCAGAACAACCCAGAUGUCAGACAGAGGAGGAUUCUUCACAAUAGGAAGUCUUACAGAGAAAAGGAUGCCUAUAGACAAAUAAAAAAAGAUUGCAUGAAAAUGUAUGUUUCUCAAAAAUAUAAGCAGAAUGAAUCUUACCGUCAGAAAAAAAUAUUGUUUGUUACAAACCAUUACAAACGGAGUGAAUUAUAUCAACAGAAGCAAAAAUUGUAUGUUGUAAAUCGUUAUAGAAAAAAUGAACUGUACAGGCUGAGGCAAAAAGCAUAUGUUGUUCGAAGUUACAGAGAGAAUGAAAACUUUAAAAAAAGACAAAAAGCAUAUGUUGUUGAAAAUUACAGUCAGAAUGAAAAGUUUAAAAAAAGGCAAAAAGCAUAUGUUGUUCAAAGUUACAGAGAGAAUGAACACUUUAAAAAAAGGCAAAAAGCAUAUGUUGUUCAACAUUACAGGGACAAUGAAGUUUAUAAACAAAGGCAAAAACAGUAUGUUAUUAAUAAUUAUAGAGACAGUGAAUCAUAUCGACAGAGACAAAGAUCGUAUAUUGUCCAGCGCUAUAAAAAUAAGGAAUUCAGGCUCAGACACCGAGAAACAAUGAGACAGAUAAUGAGUAAGAACUACAACAACAAUGAACGUUUCAGAAGGGCGCAUAAUUUCAGAUGUGCACUUAAUAUC